AUGUUGUUCGGUGGCCACUACAUUGUGGAUAGACUAUGGCUUAUUAACUAACCCUCUGUCGUGGAAAUGCCCACCAGAUUAGACCUCAGUGGAGACCAAACUAAGCCUACCUUGGGAGCUGGCCAGUGUCAUAUCCUCCCCCUCCUGUAAGGACCAGCUAAGUCAGUUCCUCCAUCUCUCCCUUCUUAAUAUCUUCCUGUGUGGUUCUGGACCACCUGUUGAAGCCCCAGCCUGCCUUUCCCAAGCACACAGUAUUCAUGGAGAAAAAGAGGCCCCAAAACACUGAGAAAACACCAAGGCAAAGGCAUGGCUGGGAUCCCAGCCCAGACUCCUCAUCCUCCUGCAGUUCCAGUCUUGGCUGAGCUGAGCUCUUUCCUCACAGUGUUUGGCUUGGAUGUUAGACUAGGGCAGCAGUAG